GAUACUAAAACCACAUUUCUUUCAUAAUUUUUAACUCAAUAUUUGAAAAAAAAGAGACCUUAUAGGUGAUGCUUAAUGAAGCAGAAACAAAGUCCGGGAAAUUCCAGCAUGCCAUCACUUCAUUAACAUUCAUGCACACAUAUCUACAGUAAAUUGGUUAGGUGUAUAUGAUAUUGUAUAUCAUUAUUUUAAUGAAGCAUAGACAAUUCUUACUGACAUCAUCAAACCAUACCAUGUAGCAAUGAGUGAUUAUUACUGAAGGGAACAUUAUCAAAGGUAUUUUACGUGUACAGCAUUUGAAUGCUAGCAGCAAGUCUGUCAUGUGAAUGGGAAAUUCCAAAACAUACUGGGUUUUCCCCACUUGAGCUAUAUAUUCGUAAAUAAUUAUAAUUUUGUGGCAAAAGUGACAGGAGUACAACAUUAUACAGCUGAAGAGAACCAACCAAGGAAAUAUGUCUAAGCGCAUCGGCAAGGGGUUAACUCCAUACCAAGGCACAAAUCGUGUGUUUGGUGAAUUUGAGUGUCCUGACUGCGGUCGUACAUGGAUGAGCGGCAACAGUUGGGCCGACUGUGGCCAGGAAUGUCAGACUUGCAACAUUAAUGUCUACCCCCAUUCCCAGAGGGCGCUGAAGUUCAGUGGUGAUGAGGGGAACCUAAGUGCACCACACCCAGAGCACUUGUGUGAGAAGUGCAAGAAGCUUGGACGUUGCUGCAGAGGUAAUGCUAGACGUUUCUAGCCAAGCAAAAUACAACAAGUGUGGAUACUGGCACAUCACACAUUACAGCACUUAAAUAGCGCUAUUUCAUGAAGAUCAGAGCGGGGUUUUUGUUGUAUAUUUAUUAAUAAACAGUAGCUAUGAAAUACUUCACCAAAAAGACAACCGGAAUAAUGAGAAACAAAAAUAAAACAAUGCAGACGAAACAAACACCACCACAGCGUUCCCCACCAAUUUAAAGUGCAAGGCCCGCCAGGACAGUAUUCACAGUUGCAUGAGUGACGCUGGCAUCUAGACCUGGUCAUAAAUGACAGAACCAGCAUUAAAAUUACUAAUAAUCAUUAAUGUUUGUAUGUUAUCAUUACAUGCCAACAUUCAAUUAGUGUCACAAUAACAUUAAUAUUCAGAACGUUUUGCAAGUUACUAUUUUACUUGAAUGAAAAUGUAAAAGGUGUUUUUGUAAAAAAAUUAGUACAAUUACUAAUAUGAAAUCACCUCAUCUUUGAAUUUGUUCUUUGAAUACAAAAAUUAUGUUUUUCACACUGCAGACAAUCCUGCUUAGGUCGUGAGUGUGUGUCAUGACGUUUGAUACUAAAAUUAUGUACAGUGAGUUAAUAUUAGUAUAUUAAUUAAGAUACUAUUAAAAUAUUAUUAUUGUUAUUAUUAUUG